UUGUGCCUUUGUUCAUUAAUUACUGUAUGCUUUGGUUUUGUACAAGCAAAUGUCUUUGUGCUAUAAACAAGUCAAGGCUUUCAAAUUGCCGAGUUCUUUUGAACCAGUUGUUAUAUUAAAUACUAUAUCAGAUGAUUUUUUUAUCUCUGAAUAGAUUUAAUCUAUAGCUUGAAAUUGAAAUGUAAAGAUUUCCUUGAAAACUUCGUUCAGAGUACAGAUAUGGCUGAUGAUUCGGACGCGAGGAAGCGGGAGUUCAGGAGGUACCUGGAGAAGGAAGGAGUGAUGGAAGCUCUGACCGGUGCUCUGAUAUCCCUGUACGAGACAGCAGACAGACCGCCUGACCCUCUGGCUUACGUGGGAGAGAAACUUCUGGAGCGCUUUAGGGAGAAGUUCGAGAACGCAAAGAGAACGCUGGCGUGCAACCUGGAGUGCGCGCGCACCCUGGAAGCCAGGCACAGGCGCCUGCUCAAGCGCCUGGAGUACUUGCAGCGGCGAGACAUGGAGUGCCAUGGCCAGGAGGGGGAGGUCGCGGACAGCGCGGAAGAAGAUGUGUACCUAGCAGACACUUUGAGGGACGAAACCCCUGACAGAGAUGCGGAAAUCUUGGGGAGAGCACUGGGGGCGCAGGACGCCCGUCCUCCGGAAGACGCUGGCACCGUGCCGCGUGGACACCCCGUCCAGAACAUAAUGGAUCAGACUUUAGAGGAUAUUGACGGUGCUGAGGUACUCGUUCCAGUACAUGUGUUCACUGUGAACGAUCUCACGUUCUUGCAGAAAGAUGUAAUUUUUUCUGAAAUUGCCAAUUUGUGUGCGUAUGCGAAGGAACUGUAAGUAGGAUAAGACUCACACGUUCUCGGUCAUAAGUAAAUUUUGGAAGUGGCUAACUUCAUUAAAACUAAAGAAAUUACACAUGUUUUGAACACCAGUAAAUAACCUGGGUUUGAUAACUUAUCAGUAAUAAUAAAGUUUAGAAACAUUAAAGUCCUGUUUCAAAUUUAAUACAGCUAGAUUAGAGUUGUAAAGUGGGGGAGGGGAGGACUGCAGUGAAUACACAAUGGCCCGAGAGCUGAAGAUGAACUAUUGAAAAAAAUGCUUUCAGUUAUGUGUUUGCAUGCAGUAUUUACAAACUGCGUGCGAUUUAUUGUAGCGACAACAUUGAAGACUGCUGAACGGAUCAACUAUCCAUGGACAAAUUAUUCUGUCAGCAAUCAGUUACAGAGACAAACGAUUUGUCGCCACAGUGAUUCGAUAUUAGCAAUUGAUAAAAGUCGCUGCUGAUACUGGCAAAUGUAUGCGUGGGUAUUUUAACUCAAAACUAAUCCGCCCUCAAAUCAGCAAGUAUCGUAGUUGAUAAUCUGCAGCAUGUUAGCAUGGCGGAGUUAAAUUGAUAUAGUGGGGAUAACCCCUAUGCCUGAAAAUCGGCCCGGAUGUGGAUGGGGAAGGAAAUUAAUUUAAAGGGUUUUAAAGAAUGACUAUAAUAAAUUGCAUGAAAAUUGUCAUACUAAAGUUGAUGUUUGCCCAUGGGUCAAUGUGUCUGCCCCGGGCAAUGGCCUGCGCUAGACUUUCGUUAGGGAAUGGCAUGUUUGAGAGUACAGUGUCACUCGGGUGCCAAAACCGUCUCAGAAAAAAAUGUUCAAAAAUAAAUUAAUGUUAAAAUCAAAACAAA